AUGCCACUCGACCUCCUCAGCUUCAAAGACUUCAACACGCUGUUGCACGAGCAGGCACCGACCUUCCUGCAAGCUUGUAAUAGGGACGAUCAGAAAUACCUGAACGGGCUCUUCAAGGAGACAGACUUAAAUAAGGACAAACAGCUGACUUUCGAGGAGUUCACCACCGUGCUGGGCAAGCUGACCGACGACGCCCAUCGCAUCAUCCACGAGGAGGAGCGCUGUAAACCCGACAAGCAUUGA